CUUUGACAGCAUUCGACGCAAUUUCCCCUUAAAAAAAAGAACGCUUAGAGAACGUCUGGAAUCGGCGAUGCUCGACCGAAUGACAGUUUUUCACUCCUACAAUUAAUCAGAAGCUUCCAUUUUUCUGCCGCUUCCUUUGGUAUCAGCGCCGUCGACGAAAGAGCCAGCAACAAUGUCCGCCCAAGCUCAAAUGCGAGCUUUGCUCGACCAGCUGAUGGGAACGGCGAGGGAUGGGGACGAGACGCGCCAGAGGGUCAAGUACUCGGACGAGCGAGUCUGCAAAAGUCACCUUCUCGACUGCUGCCCGCAUGACAUCCUGUCGGGAACCCGCAUGGACCUGGGAGAGUGUACCAAGAUCCACGACCUGGCCCUCCGAGCAGACUAUGAAAUUGCCUCCAAGGAGCGAGAGCUGUUUUUUGAGCUGGACGCCGUCGAUCACUUGGAGUCGUUCAUCGCCGACUGCGACCGCAGGACGGAACUGGCCAAGAAGCGCCUGGCCGAGACUCAAGAAGAGAUCAGCGCCGAAGUGGCGGCCAAGGCGGAGAAGGUCCACGAGCUGAACGAGGAAAUCGGGAAGCUCCUGGCCAAGGCCGAGCAACUCGGAGCCGAGGGCAACGUGGAGGAAUCCCAGAAGGUGCUGCAGGAAGUGGAGAAAGUCCGCAGUAGGAAGAAGGAUGCAGAGGAGGAAUACAGAAACUCCAUGCCGGCCUCCAGUUUCCAGCAGCAGAAGCUGCGCGUUUGCGAGGUGUGCUCGGCUUAUCUGGGUCUCCACGACAACGACCGCCGUUUGGCCGACCACUUUGGCGGCAAGCUCCACCUGGGCUUCAUCCAGAUCCGAGAGAAGCUGGACCAACUUAAGAAAACCGUCGUGGACAAGCAGGAGAAACGCAACCAGGAUCGUCUCAAGAGACGGGAAGAAAGAGAGAAGGAAGAAAAGAUGAAAAAACGGACGAGAUCCCGCAGCAGAGAGCAUAAAAGGUCUCGUUCUCGUGACCGAAGGAGGCGCCGCUCGCGCUCCUCGUCCCGAGACAAGCGCCGCUCGCGCUCUCGCUCCAGGGACAGGAAGAGGCGACAGAGGUCCCGCUCCCGAAGCCGAGGCCACCGUCACAGCCACGAGCAGAGCUCCAGACACAAGUCAUCCAGAGACCGCGAUCGCUCGUCCAGAGACGCGUCACAGGGACGCGAGCGGCGGGACGGCGUCAACGGCAGGUCGGAUUCUCGGAGGGCAGAUGACAGAGAAGACCCGUGAAGGCCAACGUCCAUCUCGCACCACACCCACCAUCUCGUUUGUCCCUUUAGCAGUGUUCCACAUAGUCCUCCAUCGCCUCCCUUUUUCUUUGACUCACACGAAACCCCAAUCCACAAUCGGACAUCAAGCCGCCGAUGCUCACCUUAGCUCUGUGAUUUGCCGGCCUUCCUUUUAUCGGAUGAACAGUGACGCAAACACAGAAGUCAUACAUUUGUGAAUACUAUUUUAUUACGUUUCUUUUACUAUACAGAAUCGGAAUUUGGAAUGCGCGUUUUUGUUUCUUAGGAGCUCUCCUUAAGGUCCUUUACAUGUCAGCCAUGUUUGUUGGUUUGCUUUUUUCCCAACGUAGUAUGUUUUAUUUUGGAGGAGGUGGCCAGUAAGUAGUGAGAGUAAAUUAAAAUGCGAUGUCUAGUGGGGCAAAAAAAAAAAAAA